CACUGUCCCUGUAGCACCAUGCUAACUUGCACCACCAUACUCCAUAUCCAGGUGGUUCUGGAGCCUAUGAGAGGUUCAGUUCUGAUUUAAAAGCUUCAAGCAAUAUCAUCACUAGCUAUAGUGGAAAGUGUUUCAACAGCUGAUUACUGUCACUAUUAAAAAUAGCCAUUUUGGUUCUGUUUCUGAAUUGGUCUGGCUUCUGCUCUUGGUUGCUCAAUCUUGCUUUAUCUCUGCCUGGAUUAAAUGAGAUGGUUGCUUUCAAGUAUUCAUUGUUUGUAAACACUCUUUGGACUGAGAGCAAUGAACCUCCAUUACAGACACAUAUGUAGUGCCCUGUCAUGUCUUGACUGUAUUCUGAAGAGUUGCAAUUCAAAUAAUAAUAAAAGGAAGGGUGGAUUUUUCUGCUUCCAUUUAGUCUUUCCUAUGAAGUCAGACCUUGUUCUUUUUUAUCCAAGUUCCUUUCAGACAAACACAUGCUGUUGGUUAGGUUGCUGAUUAAGGAUGAUGCUUAAUACCUAGCAAAGGAAGACCCAGUGGGAACCCAGGCACUGGCACAGGCUGCCCAGGGAGGUGAUGGGGUCACAAACAUGGGAAGUGUUCAAGAACCUUGGAGAUGUGACUUGGAGAUAUGGUUAGUGGGCAUGGUGGGAUGGGUUGGGGUUGGAUUUGGUGAUCUUAGAGGGCUUUUCCAACCUUAGUGAUUUUGUGAUCCUGAGAAAAUCAGCAGGCUGGGUUACCCUGUGGUGGCCUCCACUGAUGGACAGAUUGCAGACAGCUGAUGCAAGUUGACACCCAAAAAGUAAUGUGAGGAGAGGAGUCCCACCUCAAGGGACCAUUAUUAUUGUCUGUGGCAUGCUGAAAGCUCACAGCCCCAGCUUGCAUAUAACUUACUGUGUGGUAUGAAGCAAAACCUGAAGGAAGAGGAAGGUCUUUUUUUAAACUAGCUGAUCUAGGUUGAAAAAAAAAAAAAAACACACACAAAAAAAGCCAAGAAAAUAAAACUUCAUAGACAAACUUUUAAGCAUGCAAGCUUUGUUUUCAGUGCAUUGCCAUGUGUCGUCACAGCUACAACAGUGCUGCCAUGAGGGUAGUAUACGGGUGAGCUAAGAAUAGGAGAUUUCCUUGAGAAAUGUUUUUGUUUAUUUUAUUUUGGUAUUUUAUAUUGUCUGAACCUCGUUGACCUUUUCCUUAAGGGUCCUAGAAGAAUAGAGAGUAUUGUUGUCAUAAGGAUGGCAGCUGUGAACAGCCUUGUUUCCCUGGCUUCUUCCUUGUGAGCUGCCAGGUUUUGCUGGCAAAACUGGAAGAAAAUCUUUAAGUGGACACACCUCUGAACUUUGGUGGUUUUGCUGCUGGUUUAGAGGAAGAUAAUACCAGCAUCCAGGGAGCAAUACUAGGAAUGGAAAUUUAAGAUUGCAAGUUGGUCAUCCAGUGAUGACCAUUGGAGAAAGUGCAUUGUUGCAAAGAUCUGCCUGCUGGGAAGCAGCAGUUGAGCACAGGUCUUCUCUUGGGAAUGUUUUCAGGGAUUUUUUUAAAGAUAUUUUUUGGAAUGGGGUAACUGGACAGUAGUGAGAAGGGGCAAAUGAAGGGUGGUGGCACUUAGGGAGGUGUGGGCAGCAUGGUGAUGGACAUUGAGAAAAGAGAGCAGGUCUGGGAAAUGAAUUGAGUAAAAUACCAUGAGUAAGGCACUCAGAUAAGUAAGAGGUAAGAGGAUCAAAGAUGCAUUUUUAAGACACGAUGGAGAUGAUGUGUGUAUAUAUAUCAUAAUUGGAUGUAACCCUGGCUGGUGGCUUGGCAAAUAAUGACGGUAGGACAUCACACACUAAAAAAAAAUAAGGUAUUUUAUGUGCUUAUCUUACUUAUGAACCUCCCAGUGUAUGAAUAAUACUGAAAUCAACUGCAGUGAGGAUUCAUGUAUGUUUUAUUGUCUGUACGUUUCACAAUGAAGCAUGCAUUUCAUUGGGAAGCCUAAGCUCUUGCUAAAUCUUAAUUGCCUUCCCCUGCUGAUCAUACAGUAAAGGUUGUUGGCUAAUUAAGGGUGGUUUCUAAAUCAGGAUUCUGAACACACAAAACAACCUGUUAUUUUCUCUUGUGUCUAGACAGCUCACCUAAUCCAAUAUUAAAAUUCUGAAAGAGAAGGGAAAAACAUUUUCUUAAAGCUUUCAUGUGAAGAAUUCACAUGAGCUUGCCAAAGCCAGGAUUAGGAAAGCUGUACUUCAAAAGCUGAGCUACAGCUGUUCGUAUGGGGUGUAGGUGGCAGAAGAGAUGUUUCUUUACUGUGGCAACUGAAGUGCUCACAUUGAUGUGUUGUCUGGAGACUGCUUGAGAAGUGGAGAGCGUUGUAAAAUGUCUGUGGGUUGUAGUAAGUCUGGAAGGCAUUUCUCUUAAGGGCUGGGUAAUAAGGCUGUGGAGCUCCUCACCACAGAGCUGAUGUGAAGGCCAGAAGUAGAGAGGUGUUCAAAAAGGAGGAGGCAAAUGUAAGGGAAGUCCCCAGGGGUUGUUACUGUCAGAGGUGCGGAUGUUGGCUCUACUGUAUGACAUCCCUACUGGACUUACUGCUGGGAGCUUGCUGGCCUUAAAUUAGGAGAGCAUUGUUCCAAUUUGUACCAAUCAUGCUCUUCAAUAUGACUUUCUGUGGCCAUUCCUAGGCACCCUUUUCUUUGCCCUUCAUACUCCAGUGAUGGGCUUCCCCAAGGCUUUGAGUAGAGAGGUCCCAGUGUUCAUGGCCAAUUUUAAAGAUCUUGAAAGAACCCAAAGAAAUCUCACUUCUUACUUUGUUAGAUGAAAAGUCAAUAAAUUGGCAUGCUUGGGUUGGAAAGUAAGGGAGCACUGGUUGAUCCAUGGGCUGUUUGCUCCUUGAGAAGCUUUGGUACAAGGUCCCAUGAAAUAUAGUGGCUUCACUUAACCUCCAGAGAAGAUGAGCAGUGAUGGAAGUUAUCUGCAACUGGGAUCUUAACCCAUCUCAUCGCUCCUGUAGGGAGGGACCUUUGCAUCCUCCUCUUCUCUUCCUGCUCCAGAGCUUUUCAGUUGAUUGCAAAACCAAGGGGAAAACGUUCUUGCUACCACUUCCUCAAAGUAUUGCAGUGCUUUUGAGGACAGCUUGUUCAGCAGUAAGUCCAGCACCUCGUGUUGGCAGCUCACAGCUUUCCUACCUGCCAAAUGACCACACGUGGACUAGAAAGCACUGAGUGCUUGACAUGUUUGACUUGGAAAUAACUCUUCAAACACCGGUGGCUGGCUCCCUGUGACAGACAUCUGCUAGCCAAGAUCUGCUCAUCAGGAGGUGAUGGCUGUUAACAGCAGUAGCAGUUUUUGACGUGGCUCUGUGUUGCCUGUUCCGUUGUCCAGUGGCAGUUGGAGCACACUGCAUAGGCAGUAAGUUGUAGCCACUGUGCUACUAUCCCUUGCAGCACGCAGGGUCAUAUACGGCAAUAGUUGAGCAGUUUCUCAAGCACAGAGGUUUGAAACUUCUCCUGGUGAUGCAAGGGAGUAACAGGAGUCUUUGAUGCUGGCCAGAUGUUUGGAGAAUUGGGAAAGAGCUCAGAAAGGAAUAUCCAGCAGCUUGGCAGCAGGUUCCUUAGAAAGAGAGCUUGGACGGCAUGCAAAGUUGUGAAAUAUCUGGAGACAGCACGGAUGAUCCUCUUAGUAGUGGCCUACGGAGAAAACGACAACCUCGAAUAGUAGUUAUUGGUGCUGGGCUUGCAGGCCUGUCUGCAGCAAAAGCGCUCUUGGAAAGUGGUUUCACGGAUGUAACUAUCCUUGAGGCAACUGAUCGAAUUGGAGGCCGCGUCCAAAGUGUGAAACUUGGGCACGCCACUUUUGAACUGGGAGCUACGUGGAUUCAUGGUUCACAUGGAAACCCAGUCUAUCAUCUAGCAGAAGACAAUGGUUUACUUGAAGAGACUACUGAUGGUGAGAGAAGCGUUGGCCGGAUCAGUCUUUACUCCAAGAAUGGGGUGGCUUAUCACCUUACCAACAAUGGGCAAAGGAUCCCAAAAGAUGUGGUUGAAGAAUUCAGUGAUUUAUACAACGAGGUCUAUAACCUGACUCAGGAGUUCUUCCAACGAGGUAAACCAGUCAAUGCUGAGAGCCAGAAUAGUGUGGGCGUCUUCACACGGGACGUAGUCCGCAAACGUGUCAAGGCUGAUCCAGAUGACACAGAAGCUGUCAAGAGGUUGAAACUAGCCAUGAUCCAGCAGUACCUUAAGGUAGAGAGUUGUGAGAGCAGCUCCCACAGCAUGGAUGAGGUCUCGCUCAGCGAAUUCGGGGAAUGGACGGAGAUCCCUGGGGCUCAUCACAUCAUUCCAUGUGGUUUCAUUAAAAUCGUGGAGAUUUUAGCCCGUUCCAUUCCUGAAUCUGUCAUUCAGCUCCGCAAGCCGGUCAAAUGCAUCCACUGGAACCAGUCAGUCAGCAAGGAGAUUGAGAGAGUGGCUGACCACAACAGUGACCUCCCUGAGGAGGACAAGGGCUCCAAUGUCUUCGUGGAGUGCGAGGACUGUGAGUUUAUCCCAGCUGACCACGUCAUUGUGACCGUGUCCCUGGGAGUCUUGAAGAAACGCCAUGAAAGCCUCUUCCAUCCCCGCUUGCCCGAGGAGAAGGUGAUGGCCAUUGAGAAACUGGGCAUCAAUACCACUGACAAGAUUUUCCUUGAGUUCGAAGAGCCUUUUUGGAGUUCUGAAUGCAACAGCAUCCAAUUUGUCUGGGAAGAUGAGGCGGAGAGUGAGAGUUUGACUUACCCCGAGGAGCUGUGGUACAAGAAGAUCUGCAGCUUCGAUGUACUCUACCCACCUGAGCGGUACGGCCAUGUGCUGAGUGGCUGGAUCUGUGGAGAAGAGGCUUUGAUCAUGGAGAAGUGCGAUGAUGAAACUGUGGCUGAAACCUGCACCGAAAUGCUACGGAAAUUUACAGGGAAUCCAAACAUUCCAAAACCUCGUCGGAUCCUGCGGUCCUCCUGGGGCAGCAAUCCCAAUUUCCGUGGAUCCUAUUCCUAUACCCAAGUUGGGUCUAGUGGGGCUGACGUGGAGAAACUUGCUAAGCCACUGCCUUAUGCUGAGAGCUCCAAAACUACUCCGAUGCAGGUGAUGUUUUCAGGUGAGGCCACUCACAGGAAGUAUUAUUCCACUACCCACGGUGCUGUGCUUUCUGGGCAGAGAGAGGCUGCUCACCUCAUUGAGAUGUACCAGGACCUCCUGCAGUGCCGGAGCUAAAAGGCCCCGUGUUUGCAACCACCACCAACUUCCCAUUCAUUUUCCAGGUGUGUGGAGGAGAUUCCUUUUUUUUUUUUUUUUUUUUAAUUUUAUUUUUAUUUCAAUUCACAGUAGAACAGCCUUUAUCUUUUCCUAUUAAAAACAGAAAAAAGAAAAAAAAAAAACGCCCUGUUUUAAAAACCUGGUCAUCAAUAGCUUCAUUUCUGUGUGCUGUAUUGUUAACAGGGAAGGGUGCUCUUUUUGUCUGUUGAACUGUUGUCAUUUUAAUUCUAACUGCACUUUCAGUGCCUAUCUUUUUUUUUUCCUUUCUGUAUUGUAAGUGCCUUCUAUACUAAAAUAAAUGUUGUAAUAAAAAGAC